CCCUCUUCUCCUUAUGCCCGAAACCCUCGCCUUCAUCCCCUCUCAUGCUUUCCCCUUCCCGUCCCUCUUUCGCCCAAAACCAUCGACUUCAAGAACGAACCUUCGCCAUAGCUAGCUGGGAAGGAAACGAAGGGCUGUUGGCUUCCAGACACUACCGAAACUCCCAUCUUUCUCAUCCGUCCGCUCCGCUCCUACCAGAAACCAUCGAGGAAGGAUUUAGCUUAAAUCCUGCUUAAAACCUGCCCUCGUUUUUCUUUUUCAUCCGUUCAAUGUCGAGAGGAAAAGCUUGAAAAUCCUCGAACUUGCUGGUAGGGGUUCAGAGUUCUUGUGGUUUUUUUUCUUCUAACCUCCUUUUAAAACUGCCGCGACGACAAUUUCUUACUACAACGAGUCCAGAAUGGCGUAUGGCCGCGAGCGAGAUUUCUUAUUCUGUAGCAUGUGCGGGACGCUUCUAUCUUUCAAUUCACCGGAAUUUGCCGAAUGUCGUCUCUGCGGGUGCAAGCGCAAUGCUCAGGAGAUUGAAGGCAAAGAAAUACGAUACACGAUCACUGCCGAGGAUAUCAGAAGGGAGCUAAAAAUUGAACCAUUUGUAAUACUGGAAUCUGCUCGGAUGGAGGAGGAGAAAGUGCAGAGAGCUGUUGUAAAUGAAACAUGUCCUCAAUGUAAUAACUCUCAGCUUGAGUAUUACACCAAGCAGCUCCGAUCAGCAGAUGAAGGGCAGACAGUUUUCUACGAGUGCCCGAACUGUAGGUACAAGUACUCGCUGAACACUUAGAACAACAACUCUUGAAAUCUGCCCUGCAAGUUUUGUACUGUUUUAGUUCUCUUAGUAACAGUUGGGAGGUGAUUAUUAUAACAAGUCUGCAAAUCAUUUGCAAUUUAUUCCUGUAGUGAAAUAGAAGUCUGUAUGUGUAUACACUAAUAGAAUUUUACUGCUCAUUUUAUAUGAGGAGCAUUUAUUUAAGUACUUUAAAAAAGAGAAUGUGUACUGUGUAUGUUUGCUUUG